CAGUGGGAAACAGCAAAUAGCACAACUGCCUUGGUUACAGUGAAAACCAAAACUUCCAUUUUCUCGUCCUUUUUUCUCGGUAACCAAACAGAUUUUAAUCGUCCUCCCUUACCCUAGAUUUUCUCAAAUUCGAUCUUCGUAUUGUAAAAAAGAUCGAAAAAAUGGGAAAAGGAGGGGAAAAUCAUGGAAAACGAGAGUUUGUCAACUCUAAACCAACAGAUCCAGAUGUGUUCCCCGCUUGGGCCAAAGAUAUCCAUGAAUGCGAGAAGCAUUACGAUGUUAGUCAGAAAUCGGGAUUAUCAACGGCGGAAGUUGAGAAUCGGCGCAGGAUCUAUGGAAAUAACGAGUUGGAAAAGCAUGAAGGGCAGUCAAUAUGGAGUUUAAUCAUGGAACAAUUUAACGACACUUUAGUUCGAAUCUUACUGCUGGCGGCGGUUGUUUCUUUUGUGCUCGCUUGGUAUGACGGUGACGAAGGCGGUGAAAUGGAAAUUACGGCGUUCGUUGAACCGUUGGUGAUUUUUCUGAUCUUGAUCGUAAACGCGAUCGUGGGCGUUUGGCAAGAAAAUAACGCUGAGAAAGCGUUGGAAGCUUUGAAAGAGAUCCAAUCGGAGCAAGCUACGGUGAUUCGUGAUGGAAUCAAAAUACCUAGUUUGCCGGCCAAAGAGCUUGUUCCUGGUGAUAUUGUGGAACUCAAAGUAGGGGAUAAAGUUCCUGCCGACAUGAGGGUUUUGGAGUUAGUUAGUUCGACUUUGAGAGUCGAGCAAGGUUCGUUAACGGGUGAGAGCGAGGCGGUUAAUAAAACUAACAAGUCAGUUAGCGAAGACGCUGAUAUUCAAGGUAAACGAAGUAUGGUUUUCGCCGGAACAACGGUGGUUAACGGAAAUUGUUUCUGUUUGGUUACUCAAAUUGGGAUGGAGACGGAGAUCGGUAAAGUUCAUACUCAGAUCCACGUGGCGUCGCAAAGUGAAGAAGAUACGCCGUUGAAGAAGAAGCUGAACGAGUUUGCGGAGGUUCUAACUAUGAUAAUUGGGGUAAUUUGUAUUUUUGUUUGGUUAAUUAAUGUUAAAUAUUUUCUCAGUUGGGAAUAUAUUGAUGGUUGGCCUAGGAAUUUCAAGUUUUCGUUUGAGAAAUGUACGUAUUAUUUUGAAAUUGCUGUGGCGUUGGCUGUUGCCGCUAUUCCCGAAGGAUUGCCGGCAGUUAUCACCACUUGUUUAGCACUUGGGACACGAAAAAUGGCUCAAAAGAAUGCGUUGGUGAGGAAGCUACCGAGUGUUGAGACAUUAGGGUGCACGACUGUGAUUUGCUCUGAUAAAACAGGUACCUUGACGACCAAUCAGAUGGCAGUAGCUAAGCUUGUGGCUAUGGGGGGUCAUGCUAGUAGUUUGAGAAAUUUUAGGGUUGAUGGCACAACGUAUAAUCCUUCUGAUGGGAAAAUACAUGGUUGGCCAAGUGGUGGAAUGGAUGCUAAUCUUGAAACAAUUGCCAAGAUUUCUGCUAUAUGUAAUGAUGCUGGUGUAACGCAUUCUGACAAUAAGUAUGUAGCUCAUGGAAUGCCUACUGAGGCCGCCAUAAAGGUUCUUGUUGAGAAAAUGGGUCUCCCAAAGGGAUUGUAUAGUGGUGGAGCAGCUGGCAAUGAUGUUCUACGUUGUUGUCAAUGGUGGAAUGAGUAUGAGCAUCGGAUUGCAACCCUUGAGUUUGAUCGUGAUAGGAAGUCAAUGGGUGUUAUUGUCAAGUCCAAAUCAGGAAGAAGGUCAUUGUUAGUGAAGGGAGCUGUAGAGAACUUACUGGAGAGAAGCUCAAAGAUGCAGUUGCUUGAUGGCUCUGUUGUACCACUCGAUCAAAAUUCAAGGAUUCUUGUUUCCAAUGCUCUUCAAGAUAUGUCAAGUGGUGCAUUGCGUUGCUUGGGUUUCGCAUACAAAGAUGAGCUCCCUGAGUUUGAAACCUAUGAUGGUAGUGAUGAUCAUCCAGCUCAUGCCCUAUUACUUGACCCAUCCAACUAUCCAUCAAUUGAGAGCAAUCUUACUUUUGUUGGCUUGGUUGGACUAAGGGACCCUCCACGUCAAGAGGUACAUCAAGCAAUUGAGGACUGUAAAGCAGCUGGCAUUCGUGUUAUGGUUAUAACCGGAGAUAACAAAAAUACAGCAGAAGCUAUAUGCCGUGAAAUAGGUGUUUUUGGGCCGAUGGAAGACAUCAGUUCAAAAAGUUUAACUGGGAAGGAGUUUAUGGCACUUUCAGAUCAGAAAGCUCAUCUGAGACAAAGUGGUGGGCUUCUAUUUUCUAGGGCUGAACCGAGACACAAGCAAGAGAUAGUGAGAUUGCUAAAGGAAGAUGGAGAGGUGGUUGCUAUGACUGGUGAUGGAGUAAAUGAUGCACCUGCCUUGAAACUAGCUGAUAUUGGAAUUGCUAUGGGCAUUGCUGGAACGGAGGUAGCAAAGGAAGCUUCUGACAUGGUGUUGGCAGAUGACAAUUUCAGUACAAUUGUUUCUGCCGUCGGUGAAGGAAGAUCCAUUUACGACAACAUGAAAGCUUUUAUCAGGUACAUGAUCUCGUCAAAUAUCGGUGAGGUUGCCUCCAUAUUCCUAACAGCAGCAUUGGGUAUACCUGAGGGCCUGAUUCCAGUUCAACUUCUCUGGGUUAAUCUUGUUACGGAUGGACCACCUGCAACAGCUUUGGGAUUCAAUCCUCCGGACAAGGAUAUCAUGAAGAAGCCUCCUCGGAGAAGUGAUGAUUCACUCAUCACUGCUUGGAUUUUAUUCCGCUAUCUGGUUAUUGGACUAUAUGUUGGAGUAGCAACUGUUGGCGUCUUCAUCAUUUGGUAUACACACGGUUCCUUCUUGGGCAUUGAUCUUAGCGGGGACGGCCACACCCUUGUCACAUACCCCCAGCUCGCCAACUGGGCCCAGUGCUCAUCCUGGAAAAAUUUCACUGUUUCACCUUUCACAGCCGGGAACCAAGUCUUCUCCUUUGAAAAUAAUCCAUGCGAUUACUUCCAAGGCGGCAAAGUAAAAGCAAUGACACUUUCCCUCUCGGUUUUAGUUGCCAUCGAAAUGUUCAACUCCCUUAAUGCCCUCUCUGAAGAUGGAAGUCUCUUGACAAUGCCUCCAUGGGUCAACCCUUGGCUCCUCCUCGCCAUGUCUGUGUCAUUCGGCCUGCACUUCUUGAUCCUCUAUGUGCCAUUCCUUGCUCAAGUAUUCGGUAUCGUACCUUUAAGCUUUAACGAAUGGCUGCUGGUUCUGGCUGUCGCAUUCCCUGUGAUUUUGAUCGACGAAGUGUUGAAGUUCGUAGGGAGGUUGGGACGGCGGAUGAGAUCGUCCAGUCAAAGACCUUUGAAACCCAAAACAGAGUGAAGACAGAUAUGGUAUAAAUCCGAUAAGUGGAUACUAGACAGCCAAUGCUAGCCUCUAAAAUGAUUAAAAUUCUUGGGAACUGUCCUCUAACAUGGCGUUUUUACAAUCUGUGUGUUAUAUAAUGUAUUAUUGGUUUUAUCUGUAACUCCCUCACUUAAUUUCAGGAAAGGGGGGGCGGUUUGGACCACAAAGAACUAGCUAAAGCUAAACUAUGCCUUUAUUGCUUUUUUUUACUAGGUUUUUCAUGAUUCAAACUCAUUUUUUUUUGUCAGAAAAUGCAAAAGGAAACUUUUCUGAGUUA